UUUUGACGGAUAAAGGAGAAAAAACGAAAACAAACAGGACCCAAAAUCAUGAACUUGGAAAAGUCAAGAGAAGAAGUGUGCCAUAAGCUUCCACACCAUUUGAUGAUCCUUCGAUGAUUCUCUCGAAUUGCCAUGGACGACCUUCCUCCGCCUCUCCUCCUCGAAAUCCUCAGCCGCCUCUCCGACUCCGCCGACGUGGCCCGCUGCCGGGUCUCCUCCAAAACCCUUAACUCACUCGCGCGGGAGAUCCGAUGCGUCAACCUCCAGUGCUCCUACCUCCGCUACGCCAAGUCACGAUCCCCCCUAACCAGGUCGGGGAUCACGCCGUUCAAGGAAGUUUUCUAUAAACUGAUUUCCGAAUUGCCGAUUGUGGAGAGCGUUUCGAUCGGCGUUGAGAAGCCGCUGCGCCUCGUGGCUUACGACGACGUUGAAGACGAGGAGGAUGAUUUGUUCCUCAGCGACUUCAAUUUCGUGAAGGCGUGGUUGCCGAAGGUUUGUGGAAAUUUGAGGUCGGUGUCGAUUUCGGAUUUUUGGGUGCAGUCUUGCUGGAGGCGAUCGGAUGUCCUGUCGCUCAUUUCUUCUUAUUGUGCUAAUCUCCUUGAGCUAGAGAUUAAGAAUGCAUGGAUAUCUGUUGAUGGAUUAACUCCUAUGCCAAAACUCACAACCUUGACGCUUGAAUUCAUAAGAUUGGAUGAUGAGAACUUGGAAAAGCUCAAUGAAUGUUUCCCGUGGCUCCAGGAUCUCAAUUUGAUUGGGGUUGGAGGACUUAAAGAACCCAAGAUCCAUCUCAUGCACCUGAGAAAGUGCCAUUGGACAUUGUCUAAUGCUCCAAUCUCUAUAUCUGUUAUUGCGCCCAGUCUAGUCAAGCUCACACUUAAAUGUGUGAAGCCAAAUCUCCUUCUCAUUGACACUCCUUUAGUGAUCGACUUGAAUCUUUCUCUCGAGAGUGCUUGCAACUUCAUAGUGAAAGAAUUCUCCCAUUUGGAAAAGCUUCACCUUGACUCAACAGGACUCCGCAAUCUACUUGCUAGAUUUCCUUAUGGGAGAACGGUUAAGAAUCUAACUGCUGUCUCGACAAGGUGGGAAGUACCUGUUGGAGUUUCCAAGUCUAUUCUUGAGUUAUUGCUUUGUGCUUUUCCAAAUGUUAGCUCUCUUACUUUGACUUCUGGUGUUUGGUCCGAGUUGGAAACAUACCCUGCACUGGGAGUCUUAGACUCCUGGGCUCAGAUGAAGGGACUGAAAGAGAUUACAGCAUAUUUAACUGUCAAUGAUAUUGAGGUUACCGUGUCUACCAUUUUCGCUUUAUUGGAUAAUUGUGGUGGCCUGUCUAGCAUGGCAAUGUUCAUCCACCGUGAUGUCGUUUCUAAUAUCACCAGCAACCUCAUUUCAAAGUGUAUGGCCCAUUGCACUAGGGUGAGAUGGAAAUGGGGAGUGUGGAAAGAGGGAACAAAAGAUGCUUGGAUUUCCGAUGGGAUCUAGCAAUCUAGCUUUCAAAGCACCUCUGAAGCUGAUUUAAGGGAUUUUUGAGAUGAAUGGACGUGCAAAUGUUCUAUUCUUUGGCCUACUGUCCCAAAAUUCUCUUGAAGGGAAACAGGUUGGUCUACCUAUGGAGCCAAUUUAGUAUUCAAGCUCUCAAGUUUAACUGACGAAUAUGGAGAAAUACUAAACCAAAAUCCCAUCAGUAAUACUUACACCUACCCAUGAAAAGGUACUUUGUUUAGACUGCUCUGCUUGUUUGUAUGUUUCGAUUCAAGUGCUAUAUAUGUGAUCAAUAUGCUGGAUCAUUGAAUGCAAGAUUGCUUUUCACCAGCUGUUGGAGAUAGUUUGGAAGCGACGCUGCCUGUAAAUUUACAUGCCACCUAUGGGCGAUGCUCCGAUUAAUAAAUUUAGCAUUAUGAAACCUCAAUUAUGUAAGCUGUGUGUCAUGUUAAGAGUUGAUUUCCACUUUUCCAAUUGGAUAAAUUGCUGGUUUCUGAAAUGUACAGUUCGUUUUUUAUUUCAGAUGGAAAUGUAAAUUUUAAAAAUUACAACACCUACAUAAUGAAUAGAGAGCUGUAACAGCAGAAACAAUUGAAUUGUUCUCUA